AUGCGACUUGGCACAGAGGCGUACCAGCUUCUUCGACGCAUCCCAUACGAGGUGCGGCAGCGUAUUCUGCACGAGGACGGGCAGAGCGGUGGUGCAGGUGUGCGAGGCCGGUUUCGUGGCCCGCACGACGCCAACUUUACGUUUACGGAGGAGGAGUACGCGAAGGUGCAGCGGAUUUACCAAGGCGACCGCAAUCGUCGCCGGCGCCACCGCGGCGGUCGUGAUAAAAACGGCGGCGCCGGCAACAGCGACGGUGGCGGUGAUGAAGACCUCUUUGACGCCCGAACGGAGGAGGGCCGUCGCCGCAUUGCCCAGCUGAACGAAUUUCAAGCUCGUGUCGCGGAGAUGCGCCGGCGAGGCAUCCGCGACGACCUGCCGCCGUGGAGGGUCUACGAGAAGGACAAGGGCGCCGGCACGGCGGGCGAUAGCAGCUCAGCGUCGACAAGUGGAGGUGACACCGGGGAUGGACAUCAGGAGCGUCACGGCAGCCGCGCCGCCGGCACCGGCCCGCGGAACACAAGCCGCCUGAGUCUGCACUUCUUCAACGUCACCACAGCCAACUUGAGGGAGGUGCGUGAUCUCUACCGUAGCCGGCCAGGGUUUGCGGGGAUGGCCGGCAGUUUCUACGACAACCCACACAGCGCCGCGCGCGUCGCGCCGGAGAUCAACUCCAACCCGCACCUGCGCCAGUAUAUCUUGAUGAAAUACCGUGCGCAGGAAAAGGCGAUUGUAGACCGUGCCGUCGGGCGGCCGCUGCUGCUGUUCCUCCUGCUGGCUUCCCUCUUCGCUGCCAUGGUAAUGAUGGCGGCGACGGCGCGAUCGCAUCGCCUGCGCAUGCAGAAGGAUGAGCGUCUUCGGCGGCGUGACGAGGAGCGAGGCGGCGCAUGA